AUGAAGACGAGAAAAGGCAAAAAAGGAACAAAGCAAGCAACGCCCACCAAGCGUGCUAGAAAUGUAGGCAGUGAUGACGAUCCCGUGGAAUGUGAACAGGAAUCGGUGCCACCUCAAGAGGAGGCAAAGUCUCUCUUCUUCCCGGCCACGGCGGUCAAGGAGGAUGGGUCCAUAAAAGAGGGCGAACAUGGCAUAGAAAUCGUCGGCGCCGCGGCAGAAUCUGGCGUAUCUAAAACAGGAGAAGACAAACUUUUGUCACACUGGUUGUUCGCUGAUGAGGGAACUGCUGCCAUUCCGCCCAAACGCGGUCCCUUGGGCACAGUACGUGCCGCUACUCCCCAAAACUUCAAGUUGGGGUCUUUCAAUCAGCCUAAAUCUGAUAAUGCAGCAGAACGUACUGAUGAAGUUACUAACGACGUGCGUAGCGUUCCACCAUCCCUUAGCGUUCCCACCACUGUCACGGAGAACAAAGUAUCGUCCGGUUUCACCAUGGCCUCAGGCAAACCGUGUCCCACCGUAAAACCCGAAGACAUCGCAAGGAUCAAAAGUUUGCUGGGACUUGAUGCCUCAGAUCCGUCCGCAACGGAAUCUUCCGGACCCAUACAAAAUGCCUCUGAGAAAACCCAGCCUGCUGACAUUGCCUCGACAAACAUUGCACCGCUUAACCCAAUGACAGCAAUAGGUAGCAGAACGAAGAUAAAACGCCCCAAAACAACUUCUAUGGAGCAGACGCAGCGACCAAGUCCAGCGCCUGUUGGGGCAACACAAACGGAUAAAUUGAAAGAAGAGGUGAACCCGAAAGCCAAUAAACCGAGCACUACAGAUACAUUCACUGUCUCAUCAUCUAUUAAACGAGACGCACCCUGCAUAAAUACCGAUUGCAAAUCCUUGCUUCCACCACGGACGAAAUCGGUCAGCUUGCUCGAUAUGUGGUGCCGCAAUUGCGUGCUCACAAACCACGACGGUUCUAGCGUAUCGCCUGCCAUGCUCUCCAGGUUGUGGAACAUAUACGGGAAUCCGCUCACAGUGACUUAUUCAAACAGCGAGAAAUUCACGUUCAUCAUGUAUUCGCCGUGCGACGCUUCCAUCACCGUGGGAGGUUUUAACGAAAUACAGAAGUGUUUCAAGCAAAUGAUGGAGCAGUGUGUGGAGCCGAGCAUGGAGCGCAUGCGCUUCGACGAGGAAUGGUUGAGGGGGAAGUACUGUCUCUUCACAACUGCGCAAUGCAGGAAGUUCCGGAAGUCCAUCUGUAAACGUAUGCGGAAAAGUGGCAACUUGAAGGAUACGUUGAGGAAGGUGCAGUUGCCCAACGUUUUGACCGUCCUUGCACAAAUCAUCAAGUCAUUUAACAAAGAAUACGGCGGCAACGAGUCCAUACUUAUGCGUAUCCUGCACGGUGAUGCGCCGACAAAUUCUCCGGUUGUCAUCCGUGUAGAGGACGUUCACGGCGACAAGGUUUAUAUAACUGAUGGGGAAUCUGUUAUUGCUGCAAACGCAGCAGAUUGCUACGUGAGGCAGCUUCUGAAAACGCAGCGUAUACUUCCCGGCAACAAGUUGCAGCUGCACGGCAUCUCGAUCGGUACAGACACCUCACGAAGUGAGGGCUGUGCAGCUGUGCAGAUUAACCUCAACGCCAUCAGCCCCGCGUCUAAAAAACCACUAGGACUACAAAACAGACACAGCAACGCACACGUCAGGGAACUUAAGGCUGGUGCGGGAAGGGUGGCGCAGCUGGAUCUUACCGUUUUAGGUGUAAUGCCACCAGUAUUCAAGGUUUUUUACAAAGAGACGGGUAGCAAUGCAACUAAAGUGGCGACUUUCAGUGAAUGGGAUUUCAAUUCGCUGUUUGCCGAUCCAGUGUACAAGCCACCGGUGACGAUCGAAAGUGUCUAUGUACACCACACCUUAGCGGUUAUUGACACAAUUAUUCUCCUUCGAAUAAAGGACUACCAGCAGGAUCCCCAAAGGUUCGAAAAGGCGCUUGUUAAGUCAUGCGCUUUGCUUACGCUGAGAAACAUCGAUGAGACUAUCAUGGGCAUGAUAAAACCAACUACAAGGCUGAUCGUCAGCAGCCUAACUGUUAAAAACAGUGGAGAGUCGAGGAGAUACAAUACGUUAACGGAAUCCAGCGCACAUAUCGGCAACUACCUUUGCUUCGAGACCAGCACGCAGAGCCGUUUGGAUAUCAAGGAGCGCGACACACCGCUUCAGCAAAUACGCAAGACGGUGGCUGAGUUUCAAAAGGGGAUUAAAAAUGGUGCUGCGAACGGCGCAGACAGUGACGCUGCCAAGGGGGGGGCAAAGUCGAUUUUUCAUACCCUCAUUUUAGGGGAGCCCGCACUGUCGAUAAGCGUGCACAGCGAGCAAGAAUUCUUCGACAUACUGCAACAGGGCGGCAAUCAGAGCGCAUAUGAGAGCGGUGAGCUUUUUAUAGACCAGGUGUGCAGCCUGACAGGGCUAGUAAUCGAGGCGGGAGAAAUUGUAAACAUGGGAAGAGACACACGGGCGUUCAGAUUCUUUGUUCUGACGACGCGAUUCCAACUCGCUGUCAUCAAAGUUUCGGAGCGAGCGGUGCUGCUGCCGACCCACAGCGGCACCCACGAAAAUGCAUGUGGCAAACUGGAGCGGAUACGUCGUCGUUUGUUGGCGCAAAGAAUCACUGUUGCGAGAGCACCCGAGAAGCCAACACGAAAGAAAGAGGCGCUGUUAAUCGCGUGCCUGCAUCUGCAGUAUGCUGGGUAUGACGAGGCACACAAUGUGUACAACUUCAAUACCACCAGCAGUAGGCUUCAGACUAGGCUGCACAAUGGCCUAGUUUUUGCCGAGGGAACCGGUUUCGCGCUCAGCGGUAACGCCCUGAGAGCGGCAGGAGACACACAGUUGGACAGGCACUGCCGGCUGUUCGCCAAAUCCAUCGCGCAAACUAAACUCAAGGUGUGCCAUCUGCUACACACUAGCGUCGAAGACGUGAAAGUGUGUGAAGAAAUGGCUGCAUACGGCCGCUGA